UCAAUUAAUUAGAAGUGCUUUAUAUAUAGAGAAAAGUUACACAUUUUUAGGUUAUAUUUUGGACGUCAUUUCUUUAUGUUCCCAGAAAACUCAAGAAGAUCAAAAUUUAAAUAGAAAAUAAUUUUCGGCUGUUAAAUUAGUGCACUUCUUUAUGUAGCUGUAUUCGCUUAUGCGUUUGAAUACAUAUUGUAGUUUCAAGAAAGAGAAGAAAAUAGGUUAGGUUGUGGCGAUUGUGUUUAUGUGGAAUUAGAUUUGUAUACGUGUCUUCUCUACAACGUAUAGUUCCAGUAGUUGAAAUGGCACCACCAAAAGUGAAUGUAAAAGAACGAUUCAACGAUGGUGAAGUGGAUCUUAGUAUGUCUGAGUUAAAUGAAGUUCCAAUUAAGGAUAUAUUGAGUUUAAAACGAGUGCACAGCUUGGAUUUAUCUAACAAUACUUUAACAUUUUUACCCAAAAAUUUUACAUUAUUAACACACCUCACCAAAUUGGACUUGAGCAAAAACGAACUUACAGAAUUACCUGAAGAUUUUGGAAAUUUGGUAAAACUAAAACAUCUAGAUUUAUACAAGAACCAACUGCAACACCUACCUUUAAGUUUUAGUAAAUUGAAAAAUUUAAAGUGGCUUGAUUUGAAAGAUAAUCCUCUAGUUCCAGCUGUCGCUAAAGUAGCAGGUCUAUGUAUUAACACUAAAGAGUGCCAAGCUUGUGCUAAAAAUAUUGUGGAUUUUUUCACCAAAUUGGAAAAUCAAGUGUCUGCUGAACUCGAAAUGAGGAACAAGGAUAGACAAAAACAGUUAGAAUUCAAUCAAAAAAAGAAACAAGAAGAGAAAAAUAUGAAGAAGAAAGAAAAACAAAAGGAAAAGAAGAUUUUAAAUGGAAAUACUAUGGAACCAAAAAAAUCAAAUAAAAAUCGUAAAAACAAUAAAGAAAAAGUGAAAAACAAUAAUUCAAUGAAAACUGCCUCUUAUUCAUUGUUUUCAACUAUUAUCCAAUGGAUUUUCUUUAUGGCAGCACUUUAUAUAGGGUUUGUUAUUUUUAAAGCAUACAAUUCUAAAAAUAUAAUGGAUACUGCAAAAAAUAUUGUUAUUCAAGAUUUAAAUAAGCUGUAUGAUGAUGUACCUGUAUGGUGGACUUUAUCAAAACAAUACCUUGAAAAUUUGUACAAAAAUCUAACUGACAAACAAUAGUUCUACAUAAAUAAUCAUUUGUUUUCUUCAACCUUUCGUUUUUUUUAUGCUUGUGAGUUGAUAUUUUAUUUGAAAUUUGUUUUAUUUUCUUUGCUUUGCUCCUCACUAGGAGCAUUAUCAAAAAAGUUGGUCUUAAACUGGACAAUACAAGACUUAAAAUUUAGUAAAACUUUUUAUACCUUAAAAAAAGUAUUUUAACACAUUUUUUAUGUAAUUUUAGUUAGUUCUUUUGAUAAUGAUCCUAAUGAGAAACGAAUUGUUAAGAUAUUAGAAUAAAAUUCAAAUAAAAUAACAAUCCAAGAUCUCAAGAGGUUUCAAUAAAAAAAAAUAAAUAUACAUUGUAUAUAUUAAUUGAAUCGAAGUUUUAUAACUACUUGUAAAUAAUUAUUACUAUGCGUAAAUGUUAAUAUCAAGUAAAGGAAUGUAGAAAACAAUAAGAAAAUUUUGUAUUUUUUGAAAUAAAAGAUUUUGUAUGGUGGACUUUAUCAAAACAAUACCUUGAAAAUUUGUACAAAAAUCUAACUGACAAACAAUAGUUCUACAUAAAUAAUCAUUUGUUUUCUUCAACCUUUCGUUUUUUUUAUGCUUGUGAGUUGAUAUUUUAUUUGAAAUUUGUUUUAUUUUCUUAAAGCUUUGCUCCUCACUAGGAGCAUUAUCAAAAAAGUUGGUCUUAAACUGGACAAUACAAGACUUAAAAUUUAGUAAAACUUUUUAUACCUUAAAAAAAGUAUUUUAACACAUUUUUUAUGUAAUUUUAGUUAGUUCUUUUGAUAAUGAUCCUAAUGAGAAACGAAUUGUUAAGAUAUUAGAAUAAAAUUCAAAUAAAAUAACAAUCCAAGAUCUCAAGAGGUUUCGAUAAAAAAAAAUAAAUAUACAUUGUAUAUAUUAAUUGAAUCGAAGUUUUAUAACUACUUGUAAAUAAUUAUUACUAUGCGUAAAUGUUAAUAUCAAGUAAAGGAAUGUAGAAAACAAUAAGAAAAUUUUGUAUUUUUUGAAAUAAAAGAUUUUGUAAUU